GGCGCGGGGACGCUAGGGCUAGGCGGCCACGCAGGGCCGGGAAUGCCCGCGGCGCGGGGCCCCAGAGCCGCCCGGUGGCCGUGUCCAGGCGAUGGCUCUCCGCCUGGUCGCCGACUUCGACCUCGGGAAGGACGUGCUCCCGUGGCUGCGGGCGCAGCGGGCGGCGUCCGAGGCCAGCGGGGCCGGAAGCGGCGGCGCAGAUGUUUUAGAAAACGAUUAUGAGAGCUUACAUGUAUUAAAUGUUGAAAGAAAUGGAAAUAUUAUUUAUACAUAUAAGGAUGAUAAGGGAAAUGUCAUCUUUGGAUUAUAUGAUUGUCAAACCAGACAAAAUGAGCUUCUGUAUAUCUUUGAGAAAGACUUGCAAGUUUUCAGUUGCUCUGUCAACAGUGAAAGAACUUUGCUUGCUGCAAGUUUAGUUCAGUCUACUAAAGAAGGAAAAAGGAACGAACUUCAACCAGGAUCAAAGUGCUUGACUUUGUUGGUUGAAAUCCACCCUGUUAACAAUGUGAAGGUUCUAAAGGCUGUGGAUAGCUAUAUUUGGGUUCAGUUUCUCUACCCACAUGUUGAAAGUCAUCCUCUUCCAGAGAACCAUCUGUUACUGAUUUCAGAAGAGAAAUAUAUUGAGCAAUUUCGUAUCCAUGUCACCCAAGAAGAUGGAAAUAGAGUGUUGAUUAAAAAUUCUGGCCAUCUCCCGAGAGACAGAAUAGCUGAGGAUUUCGUUUGGGCUCAGUGGGAUAUGUCAGAACAGAGAUUAUACUACAUUGACCUGAAGAAAUCAAGGAGUAUCUUAAAAUGUAUCCAGUUUUAUGCUGAUGAGAGCUAUAACUUAAUGUUUGAAGUACCCUUGGACGUAUCGUUAAGCAACUCGGGAUUUAAACUUGUCAACUUUGGAUGUGAUUAUCAUCAAGACCGAGAAAAAUUAUCGAAACACCUGACUCUGUGUGUUUUUACCAACCGUACAGGAAGUUUGUGUGUAUGUUACAGCCCGAAGUGUGCCUCUUGGGAACAAAUCACGUAUUCAGUGUUUUACAUUCAUAAAGGACACAGCAAGACCUUCACCACUUCUCUUGAGAAUGUUGGCUCACACGUGACAAAGGGCAUUACUUUUCUCAACCUUGACUAUUAUGUGGCUGUUUACUUACCUGGUCAUUUCUUCCACCUACUUAAUGUUCAACAUCCAGACCUGAUCUGCCACAGUCUCUUUCUGACAGGAAAUAAUGAAAUGAUUGAUACGCUACCUCAUUGCCCUUUACAGUCACUAUCAGGGUCCCUGGUACUGGAUUGUUGUUCUGGAAAGCUCUAUAGAGUACUGCUCAGCCAGUCAUCUUUAUUACAGCUUCUGCAGAACACCCGCUUAGACUGUGAGAAGAUGGCCGCGUUGCACUGUGCACUCUACUGCGGUCAAGGCACGCGGUUCCUGGAAGGCCAGAUUAUUCAAUGGAUUUCUGAGAAUGUCUCUGCCUGCCAUUCAUUUGACCUCAUUCAGGAAUUUAUAAUUGCUUCUUCAUAUUGGAGUGUAUAUUCAGAGACAAGUAACGUGGACAAACUAUUGCCACAUUCCUCAGUGCUCACUUGGAAUACAGAAAUUCCUGGAAUAACUCUUGUGACAGAAGACAUUGCAUUGCCUUUUAUGAAGAAGAACCAAAGGGUGGAUAAGUGUACAUUCAUCAUAACUAAAUGGAAAGGGAAAGAAAAGAUGAGUGAGGUGCUCAGCUUUAAGGGCUACUGGGAAAAACUGAACUCUAACCUAGAAUAUGUUAAGUAUGCCAAGCCACACUUCCACUAUAACAACAUUGUGGUCAGGAGAGAGUGGCACAACCUGAUCUCUGAAGAGAAAACAGGAAAAAGAAGGUCCACGGCAUACGUGAGGAAUAUUCUUGAUAAUGCAAUAAAGGUGAUUUCUAACCUAGAAGCAAGAAAUUUGGCGCCAAGAUUAACACCCCUCCUGCAGGAGGAAGACAGCCACCAGCGGCUGCUCAUGGGGCUGAUGGUGUCUGAGCUAAAAGACCAUUUUUUGAGACACCUACAGGGUGUAGAAAAGAAGAAAAUUGAACAGAUGGUUCUGGACUACAUUUCAAAACUGCUGGAUCUCAUUUGCCACAUCCUAGAAACCAGUUGGAGGAGACAUAAUCUUCAUUCCUGCGUUCUCCACUUCAACAGUCGUGGCAGUGCUGCUGAAUUUGCAGUUUUUCACAUCAUGACCAGGAUUCUCGAAGCUACAAAGAGUUUGUUUUUACCUCUGCCUCCUGGUUUUCAUACUCUGCACACCAUCCUCGGGGUCCAGUGUCUCCCUUUGCAUAACCUGCUGCAUUGCAUUGACAGUGGAGUGUUGCUUCUCACUGAAACAGCUGUCGUAAGGCUCAUGAAAGAUCUGGACAAUACAGAGAAAAAUGAAAAACUGAAAUUCAGUAUCAUUUUGCGGCUUCCUCCGCUUAUUGGUCAGAAGAUUUGUAGACUUUGGGAUCAUCCUAUGAGUUCUAACAUCAUUUCACGGAACCACGUGACGCGACUCCUUCAGAACUAUAAGAAACAGCCUCGGAAUUCUAUGAUUGACAAGUCAUCGUUCAGUGUAGAAUUUCUGCCUCUGAACUACUUCAUUGAAAUUCUGACAGAUAUAGAGUCCUCCAAUCAAGCCCUGUAUCCUUUUGAAGGAGAUGACAAUGUGGAUGCAGAAUUUGUAGAGGAAGCAGCUCUGAAACACACCACAAUGCUUUUAGGCUUAUGAAAAAGAAAACGCAAUUGGAUCUGCUGCUGCCAUUUUAAUCUUGCUCAUUAUCCUAACUCCUGUUGAGAAUCCUUUAGCAAUAUUUAAAAUUGGUAACAAAACUAAGAAAUUGUUUAGCCAUCUGAGUUUCAGGUUGGUACAUGUUCAGACAGAACUAUAACUGCUGUAUCACAUUCCAAUUUUGAAUAGCCAGUGAGCAAUCAAGUGUAGAGAAAUGAUAAAUGGUCUAAGAAGGCAUACAAUGGCAUAAACUGUGCUCUUCCUAGUAGCUUAAUAGGCCACAAGCUAGUUUCUGUUGCACUCUGAAAUAAAAUAUGCUUUAAAAAUGUAGGGAACAGUGCUUAGAAAAGUAAAAACGAGGUGUGUCAUUGAAAUAACAGGAAGAAAAAUUAAAUGUUAUGUAAGAACACUAUUUGGAAAGAGGUUCCUUUUAAAAACUGAGUUUGUACUAAAUCAGAUUUGCCAUGUCCAGCACAGAAUAAUUUGUACUUAGUAUUUACAGCAGGGUUUGUCUUUGUGAAUUCAGAUGAAAUGUAUUUAAUUUUUUUUAUAUUUAUAAAACGUUGAUUUAGGAAUAUUUUGUCAUUAAAAAACCUGAAAACA